AUGGUGAAGAAACACAAGGGCACUUUGGCGGUCAUUGAGCAGAUCUAUCAGGAUAUUCCUGCUUUCACCGACAUCUUUACGGAGGAGAGCUUCUACACGUUUGCCUUUUGUUUCGUUUGUGCCACGAUUAUAGUGGCAUUUAUUCUAUCGCGUUUUAUUACCAUAAAGCCCGUUGAUUUCUAAGCCAAAAUGCCCAAAAUUAAAACUUAAGCUUUAAAUAUGUAAAACAAAAAC